AUGGCUAAACUUCCAAGUCCAUCGGAUAUUGUCAUUCUCGCGGGGAAUUCCCACAUCGAUUUAGCGGAGAAAAUUGCAGCGCGCUUGGGAACUCGUGUAGGCAGUUGCUCUGUGGUUCACGCCAAAAAUAGAGUUGGCGAUAUUACCGCGACCCUGUGGUGCCUUCAAACAUUGGUGGAUAUGGCCGAGUCGGUUCGGAACAGAGAUGUCUACAUCAUUCAGACUGGAUCAAAAGACGUGAACAACUCGAUCAUGGAACUACUUAUUAUGGCAUACUGUUGUCGCACGUCGGCGGCACGCAACAUUGUAGCUGUGAUUCCCUACCUUCCGUAUUCUAAGCAGAGCAAGAUGCGUAAACGAGGGUGCAUCGUCUCGAAAUUGCUAGCGCAGAUGAUGGUCAAGGCGGGUCUGACGCACGUCAUCACAAUGGACCUCCAUCAGAAAGAAAUUCAAGGAUUCUUCGACAUUCCCGUAGAUAACCUGCGAGCGAGUCCCUUCCUGCUGCAAUACAUCACUGAUUGCAUUCCAGAUUACCGAAAUGCCGUCAUUGUCGCUCGGAAUCCAGCCUCGGCGAACAAGGCGACUUCGUACGCCGAGCGACUGCGAUUGGGAAUCGCAGUCAUCCAUGGAGAACAUAAGGAAAGCGAUAGUGAAAUGGUUGAUGGUCGUAACUCGCCUCCACCCACAUCGUCUCGGACAACGGCAGCUAUUAACACGCUGCCCCUAAUGGCGGCGAAAGAGAAACCACCAAUAAACGUGGUCGGUGACGUCGGAGGCAAGAUCGCUAUCAUGGUGGACGAUAUGAUCGAUGACGUGGCGUCCUUCGUGGUGGCCGCCGAGGUUCUCAAGGAACGCGGCGCCUACAAAAUCUACGUUCUGGCUACCCACGGAAUACUCUCAUCGGAUGCUCCUCAACUGAUCGACGAUUCGCCGAUAGAUGAAGUGGUUGUGACGAACACCGUACCUCACGAGGUCCAGAAGAUGCAGUGCCAUAAAAUCAAAACCGUAGACAUCUCUAUUCUCCUGUCAGAGGCCAUUCGGAGGAUUCAUCAUAAGGAAUCGAUGUCUUAUCUAUUCCGCAAUGUUACGCUCGAGGAUUGAAGCGAGUGCCGCCGAACAGCAUUUUUCAGCACUACCUAUUUUUCCCGUAGAUGUUUCUGCUGGAACGGUGAGGGGAAGAACUCGUGUAAAAAAUUCAGUUCGACAGUGAUCAAAAUACAAUAUUAUACGCGGUAGCUGUGACGGAAUAGAUGAUCGUGCUCCUGAUCCCGCCCGUGAUCGACACGGGAUCUCCCUGAAAAUGGGUUUGUUACGGGGCGUCAGAAUCCUCACCUCACGCACUCCAUCCGAUUGGAGUAGAAUCGAACUACGGGAGAAGUAUUUUCUGAGCCACCUUCGUCUGAGCGUGAUUGUCGGACGUGACGGACGAAUAAUAUCUCGGAAGAAGUUCUCUAAUAAAAGUCUACUGACUCCU